AUGUGGAAGUUAGAGAUUUCAAAGCUUUUGGGUAAGGAAGAGCAAAUGUGGAAACAACGAUCUCGAGCUCUAUGGUUGCAAGAGGGUGAUAACAAUACAAAGUUUUUCCAUAGUAGAGCGUCUCAUCAGUUUAGAAGGAAUUGUAUUGACACUCUUGAAGAUCCGAGUGGGGAGGAUGGAGGAGGUGUGCCUUGCUCUGUAACGGAGGAGAUGAAUGAAGUGCUAAAUGGGGAGUAUACUAAGGAAGAGGUGGUCACAGCUCUGAAUCAAAUGGAACCUUUGAAGUCCCCAGGUCCGGAUGGUCUUCCUCCUCUUUUCUUCCAGCACUAUUGGCCGUCAAUGGGCGCAGAUGUGACUGAAGCGGUGAUCGCAAACAGGCUUAAAGGGGUAUUACCCUUGAUUAUUUCAGAAUCUCAAAGUGCUUUCCAAUCGGACAAAGCAAUUUCCGAUAACAUCCUUGUAGCUUUCGAGACUUUGCACCAUAUGAAGAACCAAAAAUCAAAAAAAGGGGGUUUUAUGGCAUUGAAGCUUGAUAUGAGUAAGGCUUACGAUAGGGUGGAGUGGAGUUUCUUGGAGGUCACUAUGUUGAAGAUGGGUUUUGAUGCGCGAUGGGUGGCCUUGAUAUUGAGUUGUAUAAAUUCAGCUUCUUAUUCAAUCCUUGUGAAUGGAGUUCCUAAGGGUGACAUCCGGCCAUUGAGGGGCAGCAGGUUCGAAGCUAUCAGGGGUUUCUCUCUUUACAAAAAUGGCCCAAAAAUUUCCCAUUUGUUCUUUGCGGAUGACACCGUCCUCUUUUGUCAAGCUACUAAGAGGGAUUUGGAUGUUAUCCAAAGUAUUUUGGUGUUGUAUGAGAAAGCCUCUGGCCAAAAGCUAAACAGAGAAAAAACUUCUGUGUUCUUUAGCAAGGCUACUCCGACUGAGAGGAAGAUUGAGAUAAUUAAUGAGUUGGGAGUAAGUGAAGUGCGGGAGUAUGAGAAGUACCUUGGUCUUCCGGCGGUGGUGGGAAGGAAUAAAAAGGCGAGCCUAAAUUUCAUUAAGGAGAGAGUUUGGAAUAAGCUUCAAGGUUGGAAGGAAAAGCUUCUCUCACAAGCGGGAAGGGAGGUGCUCCUAAAGGCGGUAGUCCAAGCUAUACCCACCUUUGCGAUGGGUUGCUUCAAGCUCCCAUCUGGACUACUUCAUGACAUAGAAAUGAUGAUAAGGAAAUUUUGGUGGGGCCAACGGGGUGAUCAACUUGCAAAUCUGUUGGAGCCGGGUGGAGGGGGCUGGAAUGAGCAACUAGUAGAUGACAUCUUCCUGCCUUUUGAAGCCCAAAGAAUCAAGAGUAUUCCCCUGUGUGUCACGGUUCAAGAGGACUGCCUCUCUUGGCCGAGGUGCAGGUCAGGAUCCUACUCCGUAAAAUCCGGCUAUCAGUUGUUGUGCGAGACUGAGAUGAACUCCCUGCCUUCCAGCUCAGAUUCAGAGGUGUUUAAACGUUUCUGGAAGGAUAUUUGGCGGUUGAAAGUGCCAAACAAGGUGAAGGUAUUUCUAUGGCGAGCUUGCUCAAGAGCUCUCCCAACGAAGGUUAAUCUCCAAAAAAGAAGGGUGGUGGAUAACUCGACGUGUGACCAAUGUGGAUGUAUGACUAAAGAUGAGUUUCACGCUUUAUGGGACUGUGAGAUGGUUCGUGAGGCGUGGGCGCCAGCUUUUGGGGAGGUGAGGAGAAAGGGCCUGAGUCUUAAAGUUAUGAGCGACCUUGAAGCUGGUAUUGGAGUGGUCAUUCGCAACAAUGAAGGGCAGGUGCUGGUGGUGCUAUCGGAGAAGGUGCAGAUGCCAGUUACAGUGGAAGUUCUUGAGAUGUUGGCGGCUAGGAAAGCUGCUAUGUUUGCCAGGGACCUCGGUUUCAGCCAGGUGUGUUUUGAAGGCGACGCUGAACUAGUGGUAAAGUGCUUACAUUUGGGUAUGGUUUCAAAUGCACUGGUUGGCCAUUUGGUAAAAGACUUCAUGUCUAUAGGGAGGCACUUUCAGUCCUCUAAUGUCAUCCAUGUCAGGCGGCAAGGCAACAAUGUUGCCCAUGCUUUAGCUAGGGAUUCUAAAUUUUCUUUUCCUUUAAGGGUUUGGACGGAGGAAGUUCCUCCAAAUAUUUCUUGCUUUGUUGUAAGAGAUUUGCCUUAG